ACACCAACAUACGCUGUUCCAAACACACAUACACACAAGCCCCUUAUUGCCACAAACUAGCAACAACUUUCGGUCAUGGGGGCUUUGCUCUCUUUGCCGCUGAUGGCGGUGCCCAGCAUAGGCUCUGUCGUCACUUUCGCUGCUAGCUGUUGCGGCGCCGCGACAUGCUCUGCUGUGUGCAGUGCGUGCGGUAAAUGUGGCAACAGUGUCGCCACCCGCAUCGCCUACGCCCUCCUCCUCCUAGUGAACUCGAUUCUCUCCUGGAUCAUGCUCACGCCUUGGGCCAUCAAGAAACUCGAACACCUCACACUCGACUAUGUUAAAAUCGACUGCCCCACCGGCCAAUGUUAUGGUUGGUUAGCCAUGCACCGCAUCAAUUUCGCUCUUGGUCUCUUCCAUCUCAUCUUUGCUGGCCUGCUGUUCAACAUCACAUCCUCCAAGAACCCACGCGCUGCUCUACAAAAUGGAUACUGGGGCCCUAAAGUCAUCGCAUGGCUGGCUCUCAUUGUUCUCUCGUUCCUCAUUCCUGAUGAGUUCUUUCAGGUCUGGGGGAAUUACGUCGCGCUUUUCGCUGCCAUGCUAUUCCUCGUACUCGGCUUGAUUCUACUUGUCGACCUCGCGCACAACUGGGCUGAAUACUGCCUUGAGCAAAUCGAAAACACCGAAUCAAAGGUCUGGAGAACUGAGUAUAACCCCAAGGCUGGUCUCGCUCAAGCAGCGAUGGUGGCAGUGUACUGUACAUACCUGACCAUGUCCGCUGUGUCUAUGGAACCCGACGAUAGACAAUGCAACCCUCUGAUCCGGGCCCAGGGAACCCGGACAACAUCGAUCGUCAUAGGCGCAAUCGUUACGAUGCUUACUGUUGCUUAUACUACUACGCGCGCUGCCACUCAGAGCCUUGGUAUGGGGUCCAAUGGCGCGAUCCGGCUUCCCGAGGAUGAUGAGCACGAUCUUGUUACCCAGCAGCCUGGCGCUCGCCGCGAGAUGCGUGCCGAGGCCCUGCGUCGCGCAGUUGAAGAAGGGAGUCUUCCAGCAGACGCCCUUCUAUCUGAUGACGAGAGCGAUGCCGGCAACAAGUCACCUGGCGACGACGAGAGAACGCAGACGCAGUACAACUAUAGCGUCUUCCACAUUAUCUUCUUCCUUGCUACUGCCUGGAUCGCUACAUUACUUGCGAUGAGCUUCGAUCAGUCGAAGCAGGAUGGCGAUUUUGCUCCUGUUGGUCGCACCUACUUUGCGAGCUGGAUCAAGAUCGUCAGCGCUUGGGUUUGCUACGCUUUGUAUACCUGGACCCUUGUAGCCCCUGUCAUUUUGCCCGAUCGUUUUGAUUUUUCGUAGAGCUUCUCUUGCUCUCCAGGAAAACGCAUCUUUUAGGAGUUGUUCGGAUGCUCAUUUGUCGGGUGAGCAACAUGAUUCAAGGCUCGUUUGCAUAGCUAUACGUUGGUAAUAAAACUGUCGCCUUUCGUAAGAAUUGAUCAUAUUUACGUCU